CUGAAACGGACACGGCCCCACCAGUCGCCGCGACCGCGACCCGAUGUUCGACGACGUUCCGGAGAGUCCGCCGUCGCCGGCGGCGUCCACGGCGUUUAUAACGCCAUUCGACUUGACGCGAGAGGAAGAGGCGGACUUGCAUGACUCGGCACGGUCCAAGGUGAGCAUGUUGCUUGCAGCAACGGCGCCGUCACCAGGACCAGAGUGGACACGAACAAAGUCGCUUGGACCAACCAUCUUGGAGUCGACGUCGGCGACGCACACGAGCGUACGCGCAAGCGCGUUGAUUCAUGGCUCGCCACAAUUGCUCCUGCAGGUUCUCGACGGCUCCGUCGUGUCGACCUACCGCAACGCGAUGCGGCUCAUGUACCAGCACGCAUUCGCCGACACGGCCGUCCUUUACCAUCACCAGAUGAACUGCCACGAGUCGUUGGCCGUGCAGUGGACGGCCUUUCGCUGUCACAAUCCAUUGCUCACCGACAUGGACUUGUGCUGCGUCGAGUACUCAAACACCCCGUUGUUUCCACCAUCGGCGCCGUCCCAGCGAAGCGCCAACCAGGAAGACGUGGACCAGAACGACGUCGACGCUGGCCAAACUUGCAUUGGGUACAAAGUGUGCGAAUCCAUCUCGCGCAAGCAGUGUCCGUCUCUGCAGGACUCGCAUCGCCUGGAGCGCGGGACCAGUCCUCUCUGGGGCUACGUCUUGUACGCCACCAACGACGGCAUCCAAGUGGUGUUUACCAUGUCUCUGGCGCACGACUCGACGAGCAGACUGCGGCGGCUUGCGAACCGCCGACUGCUUUUAUUCCUGGCGGCGGCGCUUCCUCGUCUUCAGCAGGCCGUGGACGUCGUGCAGCAGCAGCUUCAUCCGGUGCCCACCUCUCGCUCUAGCAUGUCCAAGAGUUUGGGCGACAACAACGAUCGGGAGAACGCGCCCCGAUCGAUUGCAUGCAAACUUUGCGCACGUCUCUUUUCCCACCGUCGACGCCGCCACCAGUGCCGUUCUUGCUCUGGUGACGUGUGUCGCGCGUGCAGCUCGUUCCAUGACGUGGCAGUCCUUGGCGUCGGUCUGAAUCGCGUACGAGUUUGCACGUCUUGUCGACCAGUGCCAGUGGAGACUCCACCUUUGGUUGCUGCUGCACCAACGAGACCUUUGGUUGCUAUGACGGCCACCACCACAACGCAAGCGCCAUUACCCGCCUCAACUGCUCCGGCAACAGUCGGAGCGAUAUCGUCGUCGACAACUCCCGCCCCUCCCGUCAUUGCGAUCCGGAACAGAAUGCAGCUGGACUUGGACAUGGUACAAACCCCCGCUCCACGACCCAGCCCUGGCAAGUGGGCGCCACGGAGUCCUCUGGUGCCUCCUCGCGCCGCUGGUCACGGGCCAACCAAGGGUGGCUUCCAUGGGUUUGCAGUGCGCCACCCGAACACAAGUCCCGUUCCAUCGCCCGGUAAACCUCCACACAACGGCAGUCCGCAGCGAAAACUGUCGGUCCCUACGACGUCGUCGCUCUUGGGCCUCCUCGAGCAAGCCACCACCGCCAUGCAGUGCAAAUUCGCAGGGCUCUCCAUGGUGAAAACCCCAUCCGAUCCCGUGCUCCAGCACUUUUUGCACAUCCAAGACAGCGGCAAGAUGCUACCGGUCCCGUCGCAAAUGGCAUUGUGCGCGCCAGUCUUUGCGUGCGACGACAGUGUCAUCGUGGGCCACACACACCUCGAAGCGACUCCCCAUGUGGACUGGCUCAAGCUGCCCAUCGUGAUGGGACCUCAAAACGCGACGUUCUACGCGGGGCUGCCACUUCGCAGCUCAUCGGGCCAACAAUUCCUUGGUGCACUGUGUGUGUUCGACGCCACCCCUCGGGACGUGGACUCCAUCUCCCCCGACGCGCUGAAGACCCUCGAUACCGUGGCAGAUGCGAUAGCAGCACUCGUGGAAGGGAAACAGCGCGUCGUCGGACUGGACCGCCGGCGCAGCCACGUGAACGACGACGGCCGCGAAGAAGGACAGCAUGAAAGUCCAGCGUCGUCCCCUGCUCGAAAGUCGUCGCUUCAUCAACGCACGGGCUACCUGUCGCCAUCGAUUCCCCCAAUCAACCAAGACGCUGUCAGGGUGUAGCCACGGUCGGUAAGAGUGUAAUCGACUCCCUAUUCAUCA